AUGGCUCUGCACCCGCACCAUCUCGUUGCGUUCUACCCGCUGCUUUUGAAUUCGAAAGACUUCGCUCCUUUCGGAAUCACAAAUGGCUACACUCAAGACGGCUACUCUCGCACGAUCAUCACACCCAAGCUCGGAGCAAGACUGGAGCAAGGAACUGGACUGGACCUGCCUCUUAAUAUCCACCGCCUCAACUUCCCACAGCUGACGAUCGGUGCAUGGGUGCAAGUAAGCGAAGCUAUGGCCACCAACCAAGGAACGGGUCCAAUGUUGGGCGAGCAGUGUGUGUCGAUAGAGGCCAGUGGUCAGUCGGAGGCCACGUGCUGGGCGAAGCUGCAGUGA